CUACUCAACCUGGAGGAACACAUACAGUCACAAACGUGUCCUACCUUGAGGUCUUUGGGCUGCUUGCUGAAGCCAUCGCUUGAUUAUCUUGCGACGGAAUAUCUUAUUUCUUUCUCUACUUCUUCCCACUUCCACCAUUAAUUAUUCAUCGCAUAAACGCGUGCAAAUACAUAGCCUUACCCACACAGCAGACAAGCAAAAUACUAUUAAUACUACACCAUGGCGGAACCAACAAAUACCCCAAUGCCAACGGCGCCGCCAACCCCACGUUCAGGCUCCCCCGCACCGGCCUUUACGCGCCCUAGCAGCAUCAGUAGCAACACUCUCAGUCCACCGAAGCCGAUCGGUAUACCAACGUCAACAUCCUUGCCUCUACCAGGGGGUCCUUUAGGAACCAAGCCCAUUGUAUUGCACAUUGGUGAUCCUAUUAAAUAUAAUCCCGAGACGUAUACGGAAUUCUCGACACAGUUCGACAUCGUGCGCCCAUCAGCCGAUGAACGACAACGACCAGCCUUCAUUCAGGCGUUGCGCGAAAAGCGAUGGGGAUAUUUUUCGGCUAUCUUCCGUCCCUUUUGGGGUACCGGCGGCGAGAUGGGCCAUUGGGAUGCGGAGCUCAUCUCUUUACUACCGGAUAGUGUGAGAGUUUUUGCAAGUGCAGGAACUGGCUUUGAUUGGGCUGACACGAAAUUGUUGGGUGAACGAGGCAUAAUCUACUGCAACGGCGGUCUCGCCGCUGCAGAGGCCGUGUCCGACUUCGCUGUCGCCAUGAUCAUAUCGACCUUCCGCGUGCUGCCGUACUGCAUAUCAUCGGCAACCACGCCAGGAGCCUUCGAAGCGUGCCACGCGAGUGCCACCGCGCGGUCGCAUAAUCUGCGUGGGCGCAGUCUGGGACUCGUCGGCCUCGGCAAUAUUGGUCAGCAAAUCGCGCUCAAGUGUAGUCUCGCUUUCGACAUGGACAUUAGUUACUACGACGUCGAGCGCAAGUCAGCCGCGCUAGAGGCUCGCCUGCGUGUACGUUUCACGGAUAGUCUUGAGCGCCUUGCUCGCGAGUCGGAUUGUGUGGUGUUGUGCACACCCGCGGGCGCGGGUCGUAUUAUUAAUGAGGAGAGUUUGGCGUGGUUUCGACCCGGUGCACGGCUUGUCAACAUCGCGCGUGGAAGUCUAGUUGAUGAAGAGGCGCUAGCGACGGCGCUAGAGGAAGGAAGACUUAGCGGUGUCGCGCUUGAUGUGCAUGCCGAUGAACCGCGAGCGCAUCCGCGUCUAUUGGCGUUUGCGGGAGACCGGGCGCUGUUGACAUGUCAUAAUGCUGGUGGCACCGUGGAGACGCAUGUGGGCUUCGAAGAGUUGGCUAUGCAUAAUAUUAUGGCCGUACUUAGUGGUGGACAGCCCGUUACGCCGGUUAAUCUACAAUGGCUACGAAGUAAGGUCAUUUCGUGAGGAGAUGAAGGGGUUGAGUUUCUACUUAAGCUGGUCAAUACGAGCGAAUUUCAUCUAGACGGCGUAUUCGAUUACCUACCUCGGGGGUGGAGAUGCGAUAGAAGUGGAAGGGUUACGGGGACUAAACAUCGGUUAGCUCAAUUAGCCAACAGCAACGUGGAGCUGGCCGAUUUGUAAGAUGCGCGUUUUUUCGAGGAUGAACAGGCAGAUAUGCAAGCGAGUGGGCAUUCGACGAUAUGAGAAAAAGAAAGUACGAAAGUUUACU